AUGAAGACUUUCCUUGAGACGAAUGAUAGCCAAGUCUUUGAGAUGUCAGAAGGCAUCGCUAUUGUUGGGAUGGCUUGCAGAACCGCAGGCAGCAAUACUUCGCCGGAGAAGUUGUGGCAGUUUCUGCUGGCUAAGCAAGAUGGCUCUGGCGAAAGAAUAUCCAAUGCAAUCUCCAGAGACUACUUCAUCCAUAACGUCGAAGAUUUUGAUGCAGCCUUUUUCAGCAUAUCCCCUAAAGAAGUAGAGCAGAUGGAUCCGCACCAACGUUUGGGCCUCGAACUUAGUUGGGACGCCCUCGAGGAUGCUGUGCUCAAUCCCAAGAGCCUUGUCGGCUCUAACACAGCCGAUUUUAUCGGCGUCGACUCCCGUCUGCUUCUCAAAGACUUACCCAGUAUAGAGCCUUGGAGGGGGAUUGGCUCAGCGCCUCAAGGUGUGGCGAAUCGCGUUUCAUAUCAUCUAGAUUUCAUGGGUCCUAGUACGGUCGUGGACGCUGCAUGUGCAUCAUCGCUGGUUGCAGUUCACUUGGGCUGCCGGGCAAUUCAAAAUCUCCAAUCCGACGUCGCCAUUGUCGGAGGUGAAAAUGUCCUUCUAGCGCCGGCAAUUACGCUGAUGCUGGGCAAGGCUGGCGCGUUACAUCCUGAGGGAGGCGGGGCGGUCAUCAUCCUCAAGCGUCUCAGCCGGGCCAUCGCUGACGGCGACAAUAUCAAGGCCAUCUUGAAGGGCUCUGCAGUCGCGCAGGACGGAAAGACCAACGGUAUCAUGGCCCCUAAUUCAAAAGCGCAAGAAUUGGAGGCGAGGCAAGCAUUAGCUCAAGCGGGAACACACUUGCAGACGCUUAAUAGUCGAGUCAACUGGGCAGAAGCCGGACUAAAGGUCGUGCAUGAGACGACGGAAUGGACAGAAGAAAAGAACCAACCACGGCGGGCUGCUGUAUGCUCCUAUGGCUAUGGCGGAACUGUAUCACAUGCCAUUGUCGAGCAGUUCAUUGGCAGUUACUUCGAGAUAGCUACUGCUAUCGCUGUGAACAGUCCUCUAGAUGCGACCCGUGUGCUCUUCCUCGUUUCAGUGCCCCAAGAGAAACGACUCGCAAAGCAAGUUAGAGUCCUUGCAGAGUGGCUAUCAUCUCCUGCGGGCAAAGCAGUGAUUCUCAAGGCGUUCGCUAACACUCUGGCUCAGUGCCGGGCACACCAUGACUAUCGGCUAGCCUUUAUCGCAGAUGGCCAUGAAGCAGCUACUACUUGCCUGCAAGCAGCUGCAGAAGAUAAAGCCGCGAUAGGCCAUUAUAUUUCAAAAGGCAACAUCGUAGGAGUAUCCAGCGACCCGGCACGGAGAACAGUUUGGGUCUUUUCUGGACACGGUGCUCAAUGGAGGCAUAUGGGGAAGGAGCUUCUGCUCAACACUGUUUUUCGUCAAGCCAUUGAUCCACUGAAUGCUAUUGUGCAAAGCGAGGCAGGGUUUUCAAUUCUAGAUACAUUGGCAAGCGGUGACUUUCUGGAGUUGUCAGAAGGCAUCCAGAUCCUCACCUGUGUUGUGCAAAUUGGCUUAAGCCGGGUGCUGAUGUCGAGAGGUUUGGUCCCCGAGGCUGUGAUUGGGCAUUCAGCUGACCGUAACGCGCGGACCAAACGACCUCGAGGCGUUGAAUACUGGGCUAAUAACACGAUUGGUCCGGUCUUUCUCAAAUCAGCAGUCAAUGCUGCAGCUGAUGAUGGCUACCGCGUUUUCGUUGAGGUUUCGACACAUCCUAUUGUGCUCUUCUCGGUCAACGAGACGCUCCUAGAUCGAGGUCUUGACUACGGCGACAUGGCCACCCUCGCCACUACGAAGCAAAAUACUUGUUUGGAUGCUGCAAUCAUGGAACUCGCCGCAGAGCUAUACAUAAAAGGCGCCGAUAUGGAAAAAUAUGAUGCCAAGGAACAUAUUCUUGUUGGCCAGCGUAUCAUCGAUCCAAGCACCAACGUUGUCCGCUACACUGCCAGAUUAAGCACCGCUACGAAGCCUUUCCCUGGUAAACAUCCAUUAGAUGGUACCGAUAUCAUUCCUGCCGCUGUCUACUUAAAUACGUUCCACCAAACCACAGGCGCAUUACUGCUAUCCAAUGUCAAUUUCGAUGUACCAGUAUCACUAGGAAGCGAUGAACCAAUUGUGAGCGUUGUUGUGAAAGGCGAGCAAAUCUCGGUUCUUUCAGCCGCCUCCUCGCCCGAAGUUGGCGGCCGUGAAAUUUGGGUUAAUCAUAGUUCAUGCUCAUGGUCCACAAUUGCUACACCUGAAAUGGCGGCGCAAUCCAAAGCCAUUGACGUGUCUAUGGUUCAAAAACACAUCGUACACAACUCGAAAAUAGAGUUGCAAAGGUUACAUGCCGUGCUCUCUGAUCUUUCAGCUGCUCUUAGCGAGAAGGGAACCAUAGUCGUCUAUGCUGCUCCUCCAGCAAUCCCAACAGCGGCACAGGUUGCAGAUGCUGCCGAGGAAUUCGUUUGCGAAACUGCUAGCAUUUCGAUUCUUGCCGCUGACGAAGCUAAACUUGAAGCUGUAAUCAGUCGCGUUCAAACUUUUGAAGCUCAGGGAGCUGCUCUACAUACCCUAGUACUCGACAUCUCUCUACCAGACGCCGCUGAACGUUUGCUAAAAGCAAUCAGAGUACUCAACGUCCCUCCUGUGCUGGGAGUAAUUCACGCCGCUGGCAUUCUUGAGGUUAGUUCUCUCGUUGAGACAACCCGCGACUCAUUCGCACGUUUCCUAGCUCCAAAAGUCAAUGGCGCACUCGCGCUUCAUAAAGCCUUUCCACCCAGGUCGCUAGACUUCUUCAUCAUGUAUUCGUCUAUCAGACAGCUUGUUGGCACGGUUGGACAGGCGUCAUAUGGAUCUAGCAAUGCUUCCCUUAACGCCUUGGCAACAUAUAGACGCGCACGAGGUGAUAAUACUGUCGCAAUUCAAUUCACAGCCGUCCGCGGUCUCGGUAUGGCCACUAGCACUAGUUUUCUCAUGACGGAGUUGCGCAGCAAGGGUAUUACUGAUAUCACAGCGGGUGAAGCUUUUCCGCGCUUGGGAGCAUCUUAG